CGCUCGGGCGCCGGAGGGUCACAUGGAGCCCGGACAGGGCGGGCGCUGAGCCCGGCCCGGCCCAGCCCGAUCGGCCCCAGCCAUGGCUCCCACCCACAAAGGGAAGAGGAAACGGUCAGAGGGGGGCGACCCCCCAGACGCUCCUGACCAGCCUGCAGCAUCCCCAAAGCCAGACAGCGAGGAGAGCCAGAGCCCAGCAGAGCCAGCGGAGUCCCCGGAGCCCAGCGGGGAGCGAGAGGAAGAGCAAGCGUUCCUCGUCAGCCUCUACAAGUUCAUGAAGGAGCGCCACACGCCCAUCGAGAGGGUGCCCCAUCUCGGCUUCAAGCAGAUUAAUCUGUGGAAGAUCUACAAGGCAGUAGAGAAGCUCGGCGCCUAUGAGUUGGUGACCGGACGCCGCCUCUGGAAGAACGUGUACGACGAGCUGGGGGGCAGCCCCGGCAGCACCAGCGCCGCCACCUGCACCCGCAGGCACUAUGAGAGGCUGGUCCUCCCCUACGUGAGGUUCCUGAAGGGAGAAGACGACAAGCCGCUGCCCCCGGCCAAGCCCCGGAAACAGUACAAGGUCUCCAAAGAGCCCAAGGGGGACGAGGCUGGGGAGAAGCAACGGAGAGCAGCCAGGAAGGAGCGGGGCGGGGACCAGAUCGUGCCCGAGAAAGCCCGAGCAGAGGCCCCGCCGGGGCCCGCGGGCGGCCGACGCGAGGAGCCGAGCGGUGAGGGCCUGGCCCACCGACCCCCGGCCCCGCCCUGCCCCGGGGGCUGCCCCGACGGCUGCCCCGACGCCUACACGCGCCUCCUCUCCAGCUUCUACUGCCGAGGGACCCACGGCAUCAUGUCCCCGCUGGCCAAGAAGAAGCUGCUGGCCCAGGUGAGCAAGGCGGAAGCCUUGCGGUGCCGGGACGAGGCCUGCGAGCACGGGCUGGGCGGCUCCGCGGAGCCCGAGCCGGGCCGACCCUCGCUCGGUCGACCCCCGCAGGGGCGGCAGAGCCCCGGCCCGGGGAUGGCCCGGGCCCGGGGGUCUCCGGCGCCCACCCGACGGCCGCUCGUCGCGGGCCCGGGUCCGGCCCCCCCGGCCCCGCAGGCGGCCCACGGCCCCGGGGCGGGACCCCCGGCAGCGGAGGAGGAAGAGAUGGAGGAAGAGGCGGAGGAGGAAGAGGAGGACGACGAGGAGAGGGGGGAGGCAGAGGACGGAGGCCCGGCCCGCCUGCGGCCCCCGGGGGCCCCGGUCUUCACGGGCUGCUUCCACAGCUGCCGCACCGAGGUGCUGAAGCCGCUCAGCCGCCACCCCCGGGACUAUCUUCCCGGCUUCCAGGACUCGGCCCCGGCCCCGGCCCCGGCCCUGGCAUUCGGGCUGCUGGGCAAGGAGGUGGAGAAGCCCGCCGGGCCGCCGCGGCUGAGCUGGGGAGGGGAGCGGGGACACUCCUCCGCCUUCCAGCGGGGAGGGCCCGGCCGGAGCGGCCCCUACCCCCGGCCCAAGGCCUGCUGGGUGCCCCCCAUGUCCCAGGCCGCGCCCAAGGGCCCCGCCAAGCCGGCCUCCUUUGCCGGCGGCGUGGGCCUCGAAGCCGGCCUCCGCAGCAAGAGGAGCCUGGAGGAAGGCGGCCUGGCCCAGGGCAAGAAGCUGCGGGCCGUGUCGCCCUUCUUCAAGGACGGCGGCGACCCCUCCAAGGACGCGGGCGCUAAGCAGGCCGGGCCCCACCCGCCGGGCCCGCCCCUCGGCCCCCCGGCCCCGGACGGCUACAGGGGCACCAUGCUGCACUUCCCCCUGAACUUCGCCAGCCACUCCGACCCCGGCAAGGGCCAGGCCGGCCUGCCCUUCGGCCCCCUGGUCAUACCGGCCAUCCCCGCCCACCUCCUGGCGGGCUCGGCCGCCGCACCGCCCGGCUCGGCCGGCCUCCUGCCCCUGCCGCCCCCGGCCUUGGACGGCGGCCUUCGUCACAGACUCUACCCCGUCUCCGCCUGGCACGUGCAGCCCGCCUUCGCCACCCCGCACCUCCGCGCCUUCCACCUCAACACCAAGCUGUAGGCGGCGGCCAGUCGGACUGGGGGCCCCUCGGGCCCGGACCCGCUGGACCUCGAGGCUCCCGGGCCCAUCGCCCGCAGCCCGCUCCUCUUCCUCCUCCUCCUUCUCCCCAUCUCCGGACGGGGUGGGCGGAGUUUGGGCGCGGGAGUUUGGGCGACAGUGCUGGUCUGGCUGUGGGCCACCGGGCACCCCGGGCGUCCAGCGCCGGAGCCGCCACCGACCCGGCCGAGGGCCCUCAUGGCGUCGGCGAGAAGGACGGCGCCACUGGGCCCAGCUGUGUCCAGAUCUUUGACAGAAUAAAACCCACCGAUGUGAA